ACAACUGCACGCAAAGCGAAUCUUAUAAUACGCCGUGAUUGCACGUGUUGAUUUCGCUGCGUAAAUUUGGCAUAAAUUUCCGAAUAUUAGAACAAUAUUUAUAUUAUAGAAAUAGUCCAUUUUAGAAAUGCCACGUUCCAAGAGAGACAAAAAAAUUUCGCUGACCAAAACGGAUCGGAAGGGCCUAGCAUGGAAACAAAAAAUUAUUGAUGAUAUACGUCAUUGUGUUGAGAAAUACCCCAAUAUCUUCCUUUUUCAAGUGCAAAAUAUGCGUAAUAAUCUAUUGAAGGAUCUGCGGCAAGAAUGGAAGUCUAAUUCGCGGUUUUUCUUUGGUAAAAAUCGUAUCAUGCAAAUCGGAUUAGGACGUAGCAAAGCAGAGGAAAUUAAAGUAGACCUGCACAAGCUUUCUAAGCGCUUGACAGGACAAGUAGGUCUACUAUUCACGGAAAAGCCGAAACAAGAAGUUCUUGAAUGGGCAGAACAAUAUUGGGCUGUGGAAUAUGCACGCAGUGGUUUCAAAGCAACAGAAACAGUAGUGUUGCCAGCAGGUCCCCUCGAAGAAUUCGCACAUUCCAUAGAACCACAUUUACGAUCCCUCGGUAUGCCAACAAAACUUCAAAAAGGUAUUGUAACACUGUACAGUGAUUAUACCGUGUGCGAGGAAGGAAAAGUUUUAACACCAGAACAGGCGCGAAUUUUAAAGUUAGUUGCAAAACCCAUGGCGAAAUUUCAGCUUACAAUGAAGUGCUCUUGGACCGAAGAUACUGGUUUCGAAUUGCACGUUGAGGAUGAUUUAGAUGACGACGAUCACAAAACUGACAGUGGGCAAGGCGAUGAGGUAGAAGAUGAAGAAAUGGAGCAAGAAGAAGACGAGGACGAUGAGGAGUAGUUAAUUUGUAAAAUGUAUUACAUAAGUUUAAGUUUAAUUUUGUAUAAAUAAG